AUGUUUAAUCCGUUUACAUUGUCGCUCACGAACCUGGUUGAGAAGGAGCAACGCCCUGGUGAUCUAGGAGCUUUUAUGCGCUGCUUCAUUGAACCGGAAAAACGAACGCUUCACUUGUCCAAUUUACCACUGCCAUCACUCGGUCUGGAAAAUACCACCUGGGAAUCAUGCGCUGAAGCUCUGAAGUUGCUGCGUACUGCGUACACAACCACUCUAGGAGGCCUGGAACCUGCAAUAAUUGAAAAAUACCGUAUAGCGUGUAAAGAUCAAUUUCCUAUGGCCAACUUGUUCCUGACCAGUGCGGAGCGCGAUGAUUUACGUGCUCGAAUGGUCGAAGCGGGCUCGAACACAGCGGUUUGCGGCGUUUACGUGACCUACACUACCGAAGCGGAUGUCUAUUCUGUCCCGUAUCCUGCCGCAUUGGUCCAACCAUUUAACUCACUGUCACUCUGUAACGAGACGAUAGUGAAUGGUGAUGCCGAGGAUUCGUCUGAUAACCCUUGUAAAGCUCCUGUGAAUAAUCUGAACAAGAAAACCCAUAAUUUAGAUACCGGCAGGACUCAGCUCCCAGCGUCCACUUUCUAA